ACUGAUAUUUUCCAGUUUCUUUUUCUUACAUAUCUUUUUGGCAGGAAGAUAGGGUAAGAGUUCAAAAAAUGGAAGAAGUGAAGGUGGUGGGAUUCUGGGCUAGUCCAUACGUUUACAGGGUCAUCUGGGCUCUAAAACUUAAGGGUAUUAAGUUUGAGUACAUCGAAGAAGAUAUAUUUAACAAGAGCGAUUUGCUUCUGCAACUUAACCCUGUACAUAAGAAAGUUCCAGUUUUCAUUCAUGGUGGAAAACCAAUUGCAGAGUCCAUUGUUAUUCUUGAAUAUAUUGACGAGAUGUGGCCUCAAAACCCUCUGCUGCUACCAGAUGAUCCCAUGGAGAGAGCCAUUUCCCGGUUUUGGAUUAAGUUUGGAGACGAUGAGAGGAAACGUUUUUUUGGGUUCUUGAAAAAGACAGGAGAAGAGCAAGAAAAAGCCACCAUAGACGCCCAUAAUCAUCUAAAAAUCUUGGAAGAGAAAGUCCUUGGGGAGAAGAAGUUUUUUGGGGGCAACAGCAUAGGAAUGGCUGACUUAGCCUUUGGGUGGCUAGCUUUCUGGCCCGAGGUUGUGGGAGAAGUAGCUGGUGUCACACUACUUGAACACAGCAGCUUCCCAAACUUGAUGGCUUGGAUUGAAAACUUCAAAAAUGUUGCUGUGAUCAAAGAAAGCCAUCCUGAUCCACAUCGGCUCUUAGGGUACUUCAGAGGCAUAAGAGAGAAGAGGAUCUCUUCAACAAGAGUGAUCUACUUUUACAGUAUAACCCAGUUCACAAGAAGAUUUCAGUGCUCGUUCAUGGUGGACAAAGUUCAUAGAUGGCAAGGUAACAAAAAAUUAAUGACAAUUCCAAGAAGAAGUUCGAGUCAUGGUCAAGAGUCAAAGUUAUGA